AUGGCGUCCUCUGACGAUCAAUGUGAGGUACCCGAAUUGCUUACCCGCUUUACUAGCUGGAAGCAUCCUCAGACGGCCCACAUAUUCCAGUACUCCAAGCUGAGCUGUGACCGUUCGCUCAAAGAAGUCUCCGAGAAUGAGGUUAUCUCUCGCAAUGGCGAAUUUGCCGCAUGCGGAGGUCUCUACGGAAGCUGGGUCUAUCCUGGCGGCGACGCUGAGAGGAUCAAGGUCGUCGCCGACUUUUAUUCAGCUUGGGUCUUUCUGGAUGACCUUAUCGACAACAGCAUUGACAUGAAAUAUACAUGCGAUGUUCUGGACGAUAUCAAGGCCAGGGUGACGGGACCCCGCCAGGGCAAUCAUGGCCUUGACUUUCUGUUCAGGCUUUGGAGUCAUGAGGGCUGGAACAGUGAACUACUUCAGCUGGCAAAGGCUGAAAUAGAUCUCUGGCUCCACUGUACUCAGGCCCUUCGGAAGAUUGAAGUGGAACAAGAACCGGUCUCUGUAGAGGAAUACUUGACCUACAGGCAAACCAACGCCGCUAUGGGUCUAAUGUUUCUCAUUAUGCCGUUCACGCGGCCGGAUCUCGCCGAUGACCUCCUUCGCCUGCGUCAAUGGUCACCAGAUACCCUGAAGAACAUUUUUAGCUACAGUGGCCGGAAUAUGGGUGUGAUUCUCGACCUCUAUAAGCUCAAUGCGCACCAUGCCCAGAUAACCGAAUACAGCCACAUCGCCGCAAUCAUUCAGCAGAAUUCCGACACCCGCAUGGACUUCCAGCAGGCUGUUGACCGGUCGGCUGAGCUCUUCCAUGAGUAUGAGGAAAAGCUUGCGGUUGAGUUCGACAAGGUGGCUACCUUUAGUCCCCGACUCGCCAAGGCGUUGGAGGAUGUUCACGCCGGUAGCAUAGCUUGGCUCAACCUCAUGCGCGGUCGCAGAUAUGUCAAAAAGACUGAGUCUCGGCGUCGUGGCUAUGGUGGAAAGAUCGCUGUGAUCAUCUUCUGUGGACUCCUCCUGACUGCUGCUAUUAUUCUGUGGCUAUGGCCUUCCUUGUGGUCUCGUUAUCUUCCGGUUGGAGAUAGCAGACAAAUCUUUGCAGACAUGUAA